AUGAUUCCGAAUCAGGCAAACUGCAAUAAGCAUUCCGAGACAAUUAUGAGUGGUGUAAAUGGAGAUGAAGUGGUCGACGAGCAUAGUAAAGCUGUUCCUUAUCCAUAUUAUUUCCAUGGAACCGUUGUUGUUGGAUUUGGUCGUGGUGGUCGAAAGCUGGGUUGUCCUACCGCAAAUAUGGAUGACAGUGCCAUUUCACGUUUACCUCCUGAUUUUCCAUGUGGGGUUUUUUAUGGUUUCGCAAAUGUUAAUCAUGGGGAAGUAUAUGGGAUGGUAACUAGCAUCGGAUGGAAUCCACACUUCAAAAAUGAACGGAAAACAAUUGAAGUUCAUAUACUUCAUGAGUUCAACGAAGAUUUCUAUGGUGCCGAAGUCCGUGCUGUUCUGGUUGGAUUUCUGCGUCCUAUGGCUGCAUUCAAUUCUUUGGAUGAGCUAAAAAAAGCCAUAAAUAAGGAUGUGUUGGUGGCAAAGGAUUUGUUAUCAGCUCCCGAAACGACAUUCUAUAAAAAGUCCGAUUUCUUUUCUCAGUGA